AUGGCCGCCUCUCCCACCCCCUCGCUGGAUUCACUCCCGGGCGCAUCGAACUCGAUCGGUUCGUUCGGUGAACCGGCCGACUAUCUGUCGGACUCACCCCUCACGACACUGAGCGGUGGCUCGGGCACCACCUCCGGUUCGUCGCCACCGGCCAGCGAUUCGGCCAUCUGCGAUGACUUUGCCACCUCGUCCAGCCUCGAGUCGGCCCAGUCCAACAACGGCUCGUCGGAGUCACUCUUCCCGCGCUGCACCGGCUGCAAGAGCAAACAAUCGGACGCGGUCGCCAAGUGCAUCGAUUGCGUCAACUUCCUGUGCGCCAACUGCGUCACGGCGCACCAGUUCAUGCACUGCUUCGACGGCCACUCGGUGUACCGGAUCGCCGGCACCGGAACCGUCGGUGGCACGAUCGGUGGUUCGAUCGGUUCGAUCGCCCCACCGGCCACCUCAUCACUCACGGGCACGGGCACCACACUGACGCUUACGCCAACCCUCGGCGGACUGCUCGGUGGGGUCGGCGGCGUGCUGGAUGCACCACCCGGUCUACUGGGCGGCGGCAAGGCACCAGGGGGCGGCGGUUUUGAGGCGGCCCAUCCACGCCUCAGCUCGCUCAACCUGACGAUCAAGGACGACGCCAGCAGUCUGGUGAAAUCGAUCAUGAACAACGUGAUAACACCGCCGACCUCCAACGGUACCGGGGCCGGAACGAACAGUAUCGGGGGCAGCAACAGCAGUCUGGUGGGCACGACGUUCGCCAACGGUGCCGGCGGUGGCCUCAGUAACGGUUCGUCGGCGGAUCUGCUCAUCUCGAACGGUGGCCUCGUCGGUGGCCUGCUCGGUGGUGGACUGAUCGGUGGCGGUCUCGGUGGACUACUAGGCGGUGGCGGCGGUGGUGGCCAGAAGCCCAACUACUUCUGCAAGCGGCACCCGACCGAGCUGCUCAAGUUCUUCUGCCGCACGUGCAGCGUGCCGGUGUGCAAGGACUGCAUGCUGAUCGAGCACCCGAGCGGGGUGCACGAGUGCGAGCACAACAGCGACACGACGCCGAAGCAGAUCGAGAGCCUGCUGCACACGGUCUCGGAGGUGCGCAGCAAGGCGCAGGAGCUGCGCUCGCUGAUCAAGAACGUCGAGCACAACAGCCAGCGGAUCCAGGUGCAGUACCACAAGGCGCAGAACGAGAUCAACGACACGCACCAGUUCUACCGGUCGAUGGUGGACGAGCGCAAGGCGGAGCUGCUGAAGGAGCUGGAGAACUUCUACAACGCCAAAACGGUCUCGCAGUCGGUGCUGCUGAACCGCAGCCAGGAUCAGGUCGACAAGGUGCUGCAAAGCUGCGAGUUCGUCGAACGGCUCACCAAGUGCGCCGGCCCGUCCGAGACGGUGAUGCUGCGCAAGUUCAUGGACAACAAGAUGCAGCUGUUCCCGUCGAUCACGCAUGAUCUGCAGGCCUCGUAUGAGCUCGAGUUCGUGUCCAACUAUCAGGCCAUCCAGAUCGGGGUGCGCAACACGUACGGCUACAUCCGCUCGAACUCGGACCUCACGAGCACCGCCACAAAGCAGCCCCCGAUUGCGCGACCCACCUCGACCACCAACUCCGGCGGCGGCGGCGGCGGCGGCGGCGGGGGGUCGAUGAUGCUGACCAAUGGCGGUGGUGGUGGCUCUGGUGUGCGAAGCGUCAGCCCGUCCAACAGCAGCACCGGAAGUCUGAAUCUGAUGCAUCCUUCGAACGGCGGUGGUUCCCUGUUGCUCAACGGCGGCGGCGGCGGCGGUGGUCCGCAUCUUCUCGAUCACCAUCACCAUCAUUCCGGGCAUCAUCAUCAGGCGCACCAUCAUCAGCAACAGCAGCAUCAGCAGCAGCAACAACAUCAGCAGCAGCACCAGCAUCAGCGUGGGUUCGGUGGCCACAGUAACGGGCUGUCGACGUCCCCGCUCUCCAGUGGUGGCCUGUGUCUGGCCAACGGAAGCGCGUUCGAUACGAACCUCAUCUCGAAGCGCUUCAACAGUGCCAACAGUCUGGGACCGUUCGUCGGCGAACCGGGCGGUGGCGGCCUCGGCCAAACGCUGACCGGUGGCUCGGGCAAUCCGUACGAAAAGUGGAGCAACGGUGGAACGGGUGGUGGCGGUGGGAGCGGUGGAGCCGAUCUGUUCGGUACCCUCGGCGAUCAGUACUCGAUCCCGCUGAACCCGAUCGGUGGUGGUGGUGGUGGUGGCGGCGGUGGCGGAGGUGGUGGCAACAGUAACGGCAACAGCAACAACAACAGCAACGGCAACGGGCAGGAUUCGGGCGUGUCGGCGGCAGCGGCCGCGGCCGCCAUGAUCGACCUGUCGGCCAAGCUGAUGUCGACGAGCAUGUUCCCGCCGAAGAGCCAGAUCAAGCGCCAGAAGAUGAUCUACCACUGCAAGUUUGGCGAGUUCGGCGUGAUGGAGGGCCAGUUCACCGAGCCGAGCGGGGUGGCGGUGAACGCACAGAACGACAUCAUCGUGGCCGACACGAACAACCACCGAAUCCAGAUCUUCGACAAGGAGGGUCGCUUCAAGUUCCAGUUCGGUGAGUGCGGGAAGCGCGAUGGGCAGCUCCUCUAUCCGAACCGGGUGGCGGUGGUGCGCACUUCGGGCGACAUCAUCGUGACCGAGCGGUCACCGACGCACCAGAUCCAGAUCUACAACCAGUACGGCCAGUUCGUGCGCAAGUUUGGCGCCAACAUCCUGCAGCAUCCGCGCGGCGUCACGGUCGACAGUAAGGGCCGCAUCGUGGUGGUCGAGUGCAAGGUGAUGCGUGUCAUCAUCUUCGAUCAGUCCGGAAAUGUGCUGCAGAAGUUUGGCUGCAGCAAGCACCUCGAGUUCCCGAACGGGGUGGUCGUCAACGAUAAGCAGGAGAUCUUCAUCAGCGACAAUCGGGCGCACUGCGUCAAGGUGUUCAACUACGAGGGCCAGUUCCUGCGGCAGAUCGGCGGCGAGGGUGUCACCAACUACCCGAUCGGGGUCGGCAUCAAUGCGGCCGGCGAGAUACUGAUUGCGGACAAUCACAACAACUUCAACCUGACCAUCUUCACGCAGGACGGCCAGCUGGUGUCGGCGCUCGAGAGCAAGGUCAAGCACGCCCAGUGCUUCGAUGUGGCCCUCAUGGACGACGGCAGUGUGGUGUUGGCGAGCAAGGACUACCGGCUGUACAUCUACCGCUACGUCCAGGUGCCCCCGAUCGGUCUGUAA